UCGACAUGUUAAACCACGUGACGUCUGUUUACAUCCUCUCAGCUGCUUCUGUCCUCUUCUUCUUCGCUUCGACACAACGCCUCGCCGUUAGUUUACCUUUUCAUCCGAACCAGCUACCUGAUAAGCACAGUUUACUAGCAGUGAGCCUUUAAAAGGAGACUUCUAACGUAUGAAAGUCAGUGACCGUCGCAUUGCACAGAGCAUCCAGUUACAAGGAGUAAGUAAAUGCGACACGGCAUUGUUGUGACUUUCUGCCUGGACAUGACCAUAGUCUAAACUCUGACACUCGAGGAGUCACAGCGGCAGCAUCCUUUAGGUCAGCCGUUCAUCUCCAUGCCAGUCUGAGGAGGAAUCACUUAGCCUGAGUACGAGUUUGGUCCUUGUUUCCUCUUCUUUUCACCAUGGGGGGAGCCGUGAGCGCUGGGGAGGACAAUGAUGACCUCAUUGAUAAUCUGAAGGAGGCCCAGUAUAUCCGCACAGAAAAAGUUGAACAGGCUUUCCGAGCCAUAGACCGUGGUGACUACUAUCUGGACGGCUACAGGGACAGUGCCUACAAAGACUUGGCGUGGAAGCACGGCAACAUCCACCUGUCUGCUCCUUGUAUAUACUCUGAGGUGAUGGAGGCCCUUAAACUGCAGCCUGGACUUUCUUUCCUCAAUCUGGGCAGUGGAACUGGCUACCUGAGCACAAUGGUUGCCCUUAUCAUAGGGCCAUUUGGUGUGAACCAUGGAGUUGAGCUCCAUAAGGAUGUAGUUGAAUAUGCCAGAGAGAAACUUGAUGAUUUCAUAAAGAAUAGUGACAGCUUUGAUAAGUUUGAGUUCUGUGAACCCGUCUUUGUGGUGGGGAAUUGCCUUGAAAUCUCAGCAGACAGUCACCAAUACGAUCGCAUCUAUUGUGGCGCAGGAGUGCAGAAAGACCAUGAAAAUUACAUGAAAGUACUGCUCAAAAUUGGAGGCGUUUUGGUGAUGCCUAUAGAGGAUCAGCUGACCCAGAUAACCAGGACUGGUCAGUGCACAUGGGAGAGUAAAAACAUCUUGGCGGUGUCCUUUGCCCCCUUGGUCCAGCAGAGCAGAGCUGAUGGAGAGAAGCCUGACGCUGUCCAGCUGCCCCCAGUGACUGUCCGCAGUCUUCAGGAUCUGUCUCGGAUCUACAUACGCCGCACUCUCAGAAACCUGGCCAAUGAGGACAGCCAAGGGAAGGGGAUGGCGCAAAGAGUUCCCCAGAAGCGCAAACGCAGGCGCUGCCGACGGCGACGCAUCAACACCUACGUUUUUGUAGGCAACCAGCUGAUCCCACAAAUGGUGGAGAGCGAGGAGGAGGAGCAUGCUGAGGAAGAACACAAGGAAGUGGAGGAGGAGGAAGAGGAGGAAAGAGACAUUGGUGAAAUUGAAAUCCUCAAGCAAGUGAACGUGUUGAGAGACCAAAUAAUGGCUUUACCGCUGCCUGAGUCACUUAAAGCAUUUUUGCUGUAUUACAGAGAGAAAUGACUGAACUCCAUAUCUACUCUUGACGGGUGCAGCGCCUGCUGAAAUUUUUCUCUUUACUCUUCAGUACAAAUGUAGCAUUAUUUCCAUUAAAUCUUGAUGGCAAAACUGUAAUUAAAAGAUACGUCAGAUAAUAUUGGAUAAUAAUGUUAUGAUUGUCACGAGUUUAGUUUUUUUUGACAUUUUAUUUUGAUUUGUAUGUUUAAGAAAAAAGAAAAAGAUAUACCUAAAAAAGGACAUAGUUUCAGAAGCCCAUUUUGAGAUUCAGAUUUGAUCACAAUUUCAGGACUUCUGCAGAAAUGUGCAGAUACAAAAAUUGUAUAAUAAACAAAGUUCUUUUGUUUAAAAUAUGAUCAUGCAAAGAUUUAAACUUUUAUUGGAGUUUUUUUAGAAGCUUUAACUUACCAUCAGUGUCUAGUGAUUUAAUGAUCACCAGAAAAGAAGCAAAAGACACUGGAAGACAAAUAAGGCCAGAUGUCCUCCCAUUUCAUAAUCACUACUUUUCUUGAUAUUUUGUCUUCAGUCAAUGUGUUUUGUACCUUCCUAUUACAAAAGAUCAUUGAGAAACUAGAUUGGUUAUUUUUUUUUUCUACAGGGCACCUUUUUAAUGUAACAUUUUCUACAGGGUGGUAAUGUGUUUCCUCAGUUUGCAUAUGAAUAGCUGACAUCCUACUGGAUAUAAGGUGUUGUAGACCAUCUCCAUGGUUUCCCCCCCAUUGUUGAUGCAAAUACAAUUAUUAUUUCAAUUAUAUCCGAGGUUUGAAUAAUGAUAGAAUUGAUUACGGGUGGUUCACAUUUUCAGCUUUGUUUUAGAGAGGAAUGGUAAAGGGGAGAUGUCAAUAAUGCAUGAAUAUACUGUAUAUGUGUUGGCUGUUCCUGACUUUACUUCACAUCUUAUGCUUGGUCACUGGAGGUGAUGUCCCAAGUGAUCAAGUCUGAAAAUGUUUUGACAAAAGGAGAGAGAGAAAAAAAAGGAUUUUAAGAAUAUUUAUCAUUUAGAUGGCCUUGAGACAAAUCUCAAAUGUGUUUUUUAUGCAAAUGCAAAACCGAAUUGCUUACGAUUUUAAAGCCUUUUAUAUCCUGGACUGUCCUAGAAGUGUCCAACAAAGCACCUUAGUCUGCAGUCCUCAAGAAAAA